AUGUGGUCUCAGGAAACACUUCACUUUCAUAAUAAAGUUGAUGAAGAAGAGAAUGAGAAACUUUGUGAUCUAUUAGAGGUGAACACGAAUGGAUAUGAUCUAAGUUCAAAUUCACAAAAAUGUGAAGAAGACUGUCAAACUCCUCAACAAAGUCUUUAUAGGAACUGGCCCCUAAUGUCAUCUAUUAUUGUAUUUUGUGUUUUCCAACUUCAUGACAUGGCUUAUGCAGAGAUUUUUCCAUUAUGGGCUGUUAGUCCAAAGAAGUUUGGGGGAUUAGGCUACUCAAGUUCUGAUGUUGGUGAAGUUCUUUCAAUUUCAGGUACUCAUGACUAGAAAACAUACAUACACUCGUCACUUACGUAAUUGGUAUUGGUAUGCUUAUCUAACUUUCUUUCAUGAUGUUCUAGGCAUUGGUAUGCUUAUCUUUCAGUUAUUUGUGUACCCACCAUUAGAGAGAAAGUGUGGGUUUUUACAGCUGACUCGAAUCGGAGCUAUAUGUCUAGCAUUUUUUUUAAUCUCUUU